CGUCACAUUUGUGCUUACGUGGAGGUAGGAAGUGUACUUCCCCCGGUCUUCCGGAUUGGAGUUCCUGCAGCUGAAGUUGUUUUGGAGGUGCCAUGGCCGAGGAUCAUGCGCUGCCUAUCCGGGUCUCGGAGAUCAAGGACCCGGCGGUUCUCUUCGAGCGCUACAACACGGAGCAGAUCCGCCGGAUCGAGCGCAAAGUCCGCGGGGAGAUCGAGCAGAAGAAGGAGGAGCUGAGGCAGAUGGUCGGGGAGCGUUACCGGGAUCUGAUCGACGCCGCCGACACCAUCGGAGAGAUGAGGCAGUGCUCGGAGAGCGUCGUCCAGUCCAUCCAGGACAUGCACCAGUACUGCCACAAACUGAAACACGGAAAAACCAGUGUGGCCAGCAGCAGACAGGAGAACCAGAUGCAGUGGCAGGAGAAGUUCUACAUCAUGGCCUCCCAGAUCAAGCUCCUCUUAGAGAUCCCAGAGCGCAUCUGGAGCGCCAUGGAGGCGUCCCAAUACCUUCAGGCCACUCAGCUCUACCUGCUGUGCUGCCACCUGCACAGUCAGCUGCAGCUGGAGGCAGCCACAGGGGGAAACUACAGCCCUGUACUGGCCCGCUUUCCUAUCCUGGUCCGGCAGGUUGCCACGACAGGACACUUCAGGUCCACCAUUCUCCUGGAUAGCAGGUCUCUACUGCGAGGACGGGCAGUGUCAGACCAGGCCAUCGCUGAGGCCCUGGUGUCCACCAUGCUGCUGGAGGACAGUUCACCACGCCAGGCCCUGGCUGACUUCUUGCUGGCCCGGAAGGCCUCUAUCCAUCAGCUCCUCAACCAACCACAGCAUGGUGCAGGGAUCAAGGCUCAGGUGUGCAGCCUGGUGGAGCUGCUGGUCACCACUCUGUUCCAGGCCUACGCUGUCUUCUACCUGCCCCCAGAGGGAGGCCCCAGGCCGGGGGAAGGGGCCCUGAGCUGUGGCAUGCUCUUCUCUAUCCUGGAGAACGUCACCUCCACCACACCUGCAGCCAAAGGCAGGAAGGUGUUGCAGGAAGAGACGAGUACAGGCAGCUGGUUCACAUAUCUGCCUUCCUCCAUCACCGAGUUCCAGCCGGCUCUUCGCACCCUGGCUCAGCCAAUCCAGAGAGAGCAGCUCCGGGAUACCCUGCAGCAGUGGAUCAAUACCUGUAAGGAGGACAUCUGCCGCGGCGUUGGCAGCCUUCUGGUCUACGUGAAGAGCCUGAAGGGGUUGGCGGGUAUUAGAGAUGCCGUGUGGGACCUCCUGUCUACUGACUCCAUCAGUCAGCACUGGAGCACUGUGUGCCAGCGGCUGCUGGAGCGCCCCCUGGCUGUUUGGGAUGACUUCCUACAGCAGCUCUUCCUUCAGCGCCUCCAGGCCAUCACCAAAGAAGAAACCGAAGCCAUCUCCUCGAGCUCUGUCCAGCUCCUCACCACAGCUGUGAGGGAUCUGGAGGGCCAGACCAUCAAUACUUCUUCAGGCACUGGCCGCAGUGCCCAGUAUGAGGUAGACGUGGCCUCCUUCCUGUGGUCGGAGUCUCCAGGGGACCUCCUGAGCGACGCAGGCUGGGUCAGCGUAAGUCAGCGGGGUCAACAGCACCAGAGAAGUACCCUGGCCAUGAAGACCCAGGCCUUGACACCCUGUGUUCAAAACUUUUGCUCCUCCAUGGAUGCGAAGCUAAAAACUAGGCUCGAUGACCUCCAGCACUAUCUUCCAACCCAGGACACAGGGUCCGAUUCCAUCUCAGUCACAGUCACCUCCUCUGGCACCACCGAGAACUCGUCAGCAUCCUCUUUUAACCGCUUCACCGACUCUCCAGCUGUAGAGGAGGCUUUACGCGAAGGCUGCCUGGCCUGCGUCCGCCACAUCCUUUCCUCCAUCCACUCUGAACUGGCAGCGGCCUCACCGGACCCCAGCCCCGCUCGCCUCAGCUCAGUCCUUUUCAUGGCUAGGCUGUGCCAAUCCAUGGGUGAACUGUGCCCCAACCUGAAGCAUUGCAUCUUGGGAAAACAGAGCGGGUCAGAAACCACAGCGAAGGGAACUCCGAGACUGGGAAAGAAGCUGGGAAAAUCCAGAGCUGCCGCAGAGGUCAGCCCCGCACAGGCCAAGUGGGCAGGCCUGAAGGAGGAGCUUCUCAACUGCAGCAUGGAGGCGUAUCGCAUCUGGAGCUCCGCCCUCUCCAAGGUGCUGCUGGAUAAGUUUGGCACAGCGCUGCAUGCUGAGUGUGCCGGUGCCAUCCUAACAACAGCAACAAACUGGGAGGAUCUGGAGAUCCAAGAAGAAACUGAAUCUGGGAGCAGCGUCACGUCCAAAAUCCGUCUUCCGGUCCAGCCAUCUUGGUUUGUGCAGUCAUUGCUCUUCCAGCUGUGUGUGGAGGUAAACAGGGUCGGAGGCCAUGCUCUGCCGCGCCCCACCUUGCAGGAGCUGCUACAGGGCUGUCUGGCUCAGGCCCUGCACCACUACCACAGCCUCACACAGCAGGCCCACAGCAGGGACGGUGUGUUCCCCAUGACUCAGAACAGAGCCUUGCAGCUGCUGUUCGACCUUCGUUACCUCAACACCACACUGGGCAGCAGACUGGAGGAGGGCAGGAGCUCCCGAUCCCACCAAGACCCCAGAUUCCACGAGGUCUGUGAUUGGCUGGAGAGAUACAUCGACCCAUUUGACCUGGACGUGUUCACGACUCCGCUGAACUCCAACCUCAACCGUCUGUCCCAGAGGACCUCGGUGCUGCUCGGGCUGCUGACGGGCUCGGAGAAGCAGUUUGCCUCACGGAGCAGCAGUGUGAACUCCCAGGAGCCUUACAACAUCCUGCCACUGGCCAGCAGCCAGAUCAGGUUCGGGUUGCUUCCUCUCAGCAUGUCGAAUGUGCGUAAAUCGAAGUCAGCGUCCAGGAGCUCUGAUGCUGCUCAUCAGCUGCAGGCACCUCCAUCCUCCACAGCGAACAGCACGGACAGCUUCCGGCCGGGCAGCCUGUUCAGACAGCUCGCUGAUCACGAAGAAGACACAGCCGCUCCUUCUUUGUUCAAACUCAGUUGGCUGUCUGGCAUGGCCAAAUAACCCUUUAUUGCUCCAGACUUUUUAUUUGCCUUUGCAGAAACUUUGUAAAAAUGAUAUGUAUAGUAAAUAUAAUUUUGUCUUUUGAG